UUAAGAAGCGCCCCUCAAGGGGGCUUUCAGAGCAAACAGGCGCUCCGACUGCAGAGGACGAACAAAAACCGGACUCUACUUUUUUUUUAAUUAAGAACAUUUUAUUAAGAACUAUCUUAGACCUUUGUGUCAUUCUCAAAUCUUUUUUCUCCCGCUGACAAAAUUAAACUUAUUUUAAUACUUUUCACAUUUCCAAUUUUUUUUAAUUUUUUUUUGCUGUAGAUCGUUUAUGAGAAGAGAAAAAGUUGAGAAGUCCUGUGAAAGGAGUUUUAAGAAGCGGAUUUAAGCUUUUUUAAAGAGGAAAGAGCUACUCUUAUCACAUGUUCAGUAGACCCUGGUUCUGUCAAGUCACACAUAGUCAGAAUCCCACAGCCGUCCUUGCACACCAUUAUUUAGGUCCUUCAUCCUUGCGUGCUUACGAGUUUAUGCUCUCAAUUACACCAAACCUGCCUAAGCCAGAUGGUUUCUUGCCUGCAGCGCUUCAUAAACUUCAUGGGUUGACCUACAGGCACUCCAGCACGCCUCUUCUUCAUCGCUGGCACUACCCACUGACCCCCWUCGAAUUCCACCCCCUCCGUCUGUUUACGCCACCUCCAGCGCAAUGGCUUGUUGCGCCUGGGACUUUUCUGGAUGUGCAAUCGCAGCGUCGCACUUCAUAACUCAGACUCGUGGAUUUACCAGCCAGUAGAGUGAACGGUUUCAGAGAGACUGGGGGGUGGGUGGAUGGUGGGGGGCGAGGAACAGACAAGCUGAAGGGAAGCAACGCAGCAGAGGGUUCAUUAGUUCCAGCAGCAGAGGAAUCCACCUGUCCCACGAAGGAAGGGGGAUCACCCCCURCCUGAUCCGUCUGGUUGCAGGGGGGUACCUUGCGCAGCCUGGAAGGCAGCAGAGACUAUGCAGCUGGGAUUGGUGGCGCUGGCGAUGAUCUUUCUCAGCUCCAUGGGUCACAGCGACGUUCUCAAGCUCUCCAAGGCGAGAAGGCAGAGACGGGUUAGUACAGAGGGACCGCCGUCUUGCCCCAAAGGCUGUGACCGAUGUUCUGAGUACAAUGGCUGCAUUAAAUGUAAGCCAAAGCUCUUUAUCUUUCUGGAGCGCAAUGACAUUCGUCAGAUAGGAGUGUGCCUCGCCUCCUGCCCCAUGGGAUACUUUGGCAUGAGGAACCCAGAGGGCAAUAACCGAUGCACACAGUGUAAAAUAGACAAUUGUGAAGCAUGUUUCAAUCGCAAUUUUUGCACAAAAUGUAAGGAGGGCUUGUAUUCACACAGUGGGCGGUGUUACGUCAGCUGCCCUCCAGGCCAGCGAACGGCCAAUGAGACUAUGGAGUGCGUCGGUCAGCGUGCUUCAGAGUGUGAACUGGGAGAAUGGAGCCAGUGGAGUUCCUGCAUGAAGAAGAACAAAACGUGCGAAUUUAAGCGAGGCUCCCAGUCCCGAGUUCGUUUACCCCUUCCUCAGACCCACGGCACGGACAGCUUCACUUCCUUUGUGCCCUCACAGACCUGCGUGCCAGAGACUGAGAGGAGGAAGUGUGUGGUGACCAAGAAGCCUUGUGUGAAAGAGAGGAGAAACAAAGGAGACAAACAGGAUGAUACGAACAAGGGGGAGAAGGAGAACACACGUGGGCGAGGACGAGAAGGCAGAGGAGGAGGAAGAGGAGGAGGAAAGAAGAGGAGAAAAGGCCAGAUCAGGACCACCACUGCUCCCAGUGUCACAUCCAGUGCUGUCACCUAAACUUGGAGGCCUACCAAAGUGAGGCUAAAAGAAAAAAAGAAAAACUGAGACAAUGCCUCACCCAACAGCACCGGCCACACAGAGCUGAGAGAAGGAUUUACUGCUGCUACGCUGCAUUGUGGAAGAUGCAAAGAGAACUGGAGGACUGCUGCAACAAAGGAUGCUUUUUGAAGCUUUUUGAACAUAUCUUGUGAAGACUUGUGUCUUUGUGUUUCUCGGUGGUUUCCAGCUGAAAUCACAGUUGGAUCGCAAAAGCCACACUGCAAACUGUGGUCGGAUUUGGUUUGCAUCAUGAACAGACUGACAGGUUUUGUUUUUCAAAUGCAACAUUUUAGCUGGAAGGUUCAUGCUGUUAUAAAGGUUUCUGAAGUCACUUUAGGCCAAUGGUUUAUUUUAUUCCAAUCUGUUUUUAAUCACAGUAAACCGCAUUUCAUUUGUUUUUGUGUUUUUGGAGAGGUGGCAGAUGGAGUUCCUCAACAGCCGCAGUGUGUGAUGUCAAAACAAUGAACAGUAUUAUGUCUUGAUACCAUAUUUUCCCAUUGUGAGAUGAAACAAAAAUGAAGGCACUGGAAAUAGUUUGGGCUUGUUGAGGAUAGAAGGUUUUCUGUAUCUGGUCAUGAGGAAAGAAUCUGGUACAAAGCAGGCUUAAAUCUCCUAAACUCAUAUCCUUCAUAUCCAUAAUCCAUAUCCUCCUGUGAUUUCUUCACAAAAACUUGCCUUUUUUUGUUUGUUUUUCGUGAUGACUUUGAAUAAAAUGUCGUACCUGACAAAAAUAUCYGCACAGACAUGAAUAUUUGCAUGUUUUUAAGUCGCAUGUGUGUAAGUGUGUAUAUGCGAGUGUUUGUCUCAGCCUCAGCGUAGUCUACAUGCAUUUCUGCACGGAUUACAAUUCUGUGUUGACAGAGCUUUGAUGUGUGUUUGCACUUAUGGUGUUAAUAUUUGUCUCAUAGACUGAAGAAAGAGGGUCUGGAAAACAAGAAAAAAAGUUACAUGUAAAUGCACAGUUAUAUACCAAAUCCCAGUAAGUACUCGGUGUUGCGUAUGCCAUCAAAUCAUCAGCUCUUCAGUAAUCAGUAUGUCUGCAACAGGGUCUGAAGAUUUUGCACAACUGUAAUUUUUCUCAUAUUUCAGAACAAACAUUUGACUGUUUUCCAAAGCGCUGCAAGAAAGUUGUUACUUCUUAGAAAGUUUUCCAAGUUUUAAAAGAGAUGUAAGUUUCUGGAGGUUUUAUGCUACAUUAUUUUCAUACUCUGGAUUGUGAUACUAAAUGUGUCAAGCUGUGUUUAUCAGUAUUAGUAUCAUGUAUAGCCUAUUCUGUGAAAGCCUAAAUAAAGUUCAGAUGA